GGCUCAUUCUCUAUAAGUGGGUACAUGCCAUAUGUUUGAGGCCCAUCAUCACAAUACUCGGGUGCUCGGGGCGCGUGAACCAUGAGCCAGCUGCACGUGAGUCAAGAGAUGCUUCACAACUGCAUGGCAUCCCUCGCUAACACUGCGGCGCAAAGACCUUCAAGGCGCAUCGAACCAGUCGAGGUGCUCAUCAAGCUCAAGAAGUGUGGCAAGAAGGAGUACGAGCACUUCACAGGCAGCGUCAGGCUCAAGCACACCCCGAGGCCUUGUUUUCGGGUCUGCAUCGUCGGCGGCGAGCAAGACAUUCAAGAAGCCGUGGCCAACCGGUUGGAUUUCUUGGACUUGCCGACAGUGAAAGAUAUCGGCAAGGUCCCCGAGUGGCCCGAGUUCUCGCUAAGAAGUACGAUGCUUUCUUGGUGUCGAAGCCUCUACUCAGCCAGUUCAACGCCUACUUGGGCUAUGCUGUGGUAGGCGAGCACAAGGCGCCCGUCGGAUUCUCACCCGAGCAGCCCAUGAUGGCCAAGAUCAAGGAGGCCGAGAACACAGCCAAGAUUCUCUUGAAGCGUAAGCAGCUCGCAGUCGCCGUGGGCCACGUGGACAUGCUGCCCGAGCAUUUGGCGGAUAACGUGAACCGGGUCGUGGCGCAUCUGAAACGCUUGCUCAAGGAAAACCCCAAGGACGUCCACACGUUUCGCAUCAAACGCCGUUCGGGACCCACCGUGAAGCUCUGCUGACCCUCGUGCGCCUUCAGAGUCGCGUUUGGAAGCGGCUGAGAACAGCACGAGUCACGUUGUGCGCACAAGCAGGCGCUGUUCCUGGAAACGCAGGGAUCUGUCCCGGCUGGUGUGCAUCGUUCAUUAACGAGCCGAAACGUCAGAGAGAAGGCAUACUAUAGACAGCAAGGUUAAAGGACUGUCGCGGCGUUUCAUUUGUCGUUGGUGCUGGCGUUCGAAUUUGCUCAUCUUCGAAA